AUGGACUGCCACAAGCCCAGCACACUGCUGAGUGAGACGGAGUGUGCAGGAUGGCUCAACGUAGUAAUCCAGAAGCGCCAACAGAUGCUUGCCUGGGUCACAAGCCUCCAUCCGCAGAAGCUCGCGUGCGAGUCAGACGGCAACCUCUUUUAUGGCUCAUACAACUUUCGCCAGAAGGUGACGUUUAGCGACGGCACGAGCUGGGUGGUGCGCUUCCCUCUGUUCGGGAAUAACGCCCUUCGAUACACCGACGAAAAGGUGGCCAUGGAAGUCGAGAUGAUGACGUUUAUCCGCGAGAAGACUACGAUCCCGGUGCCGCGGAUCAGGCAUUGGGGUCUUUCGAGGGCGAAUCCGCUGGGGGUAGGCCCGUUUAUUAUUAUGGAUUAUAUCGAGGGCGUGUCUCUUACUAGCUUUCUGAUUAAACGUGAUCCUGAGUUACAGUUCAGCCAUGUUCGGGAGGAUGUCGAUGAUGAGACCCUCGAGACCCUCUAUAGACAGUUUGCGAAUAUUCUCCUCCAGCUUUUCCAGCACGACUUUGAAAGGAUCGGUAGCCUGCCAGCGUUGAAGACUGGCUUUGAUGUCCCGAUUCGCCCGCUAACAUUCAAGGCACAUGACAUUCUACAAGCAGGAGGGGUGAGCACUUUCGGUGACCGAAGCAAGGGCUUCGCCACAACAACAGAGUACUUCCAGUAUGUGCUCUCGCAAGACUGGGAACAGCUCAUCAAGCAGCGGAACUCGCGCGCCUUACGGACAUUGCUCCCAAGUCUCAUCCACCCAGACUACGAUCGCGGCCCGUUCAAGAUCAUCUGCGACGACCUCAGCCUCGCGAACGUGAUUGUAAGAAGCGAGGACGACCUCACCAUCGUCGGGAUAGUCGACCUCGAAUGGUCGUAUAUUGGACCAGCACAACUGUUCGGCUCGGCGCCAUGGUGGCUUCUCGGGAGACGACUCGUCGACGUAGAUACCCGCUACGACGAGGACCACCCCGAGACGACCGCUCGGUAUCUGAAGUACCUCGAAAUCUUCAAGCGUGUCCUCGGCGAGGAAGAGGCUCGAAUGCCGGGCUAUGAUCGAAGAAAUGAGCUUUCGAAACUCGUACAGUGGUCUGAAAGCUCGGGGGCAAUGUGGCUCCAUAUGCUCCUCUCCGUCGGCUUCAACCACCCUAAAAACCUCCCAUGCGUGCAGCUGGAACAGCAUAUCGGCAGUAAGAAGUGGGGUGCUCUCCUUCAGCAAUCCGCCGGUCCAGAAAUGGAUGUAUUCGUCGAGGAGAAGGUAGUCCAGUUAGCCCAGUACGAGAGGGACGAGAAAAAAGCGCUGAAGUUGAAAGAUGGUUUUUAUGCUCGCAAAAUAUCGAUGGUGUCAUUUCUUGCUACAGUUGCGGCGCUGGAAGGAUGGGAUCUCACAAGCAGAUUUGAUCCGGUGCCUGACAACAUUGAAGUUGUUAAGGAUAUCUAG